UUAUGAGGGGUUCCCGCCAUCCCUGUGCUGAGUUCCUGGCUCUGUACACCGGCUGUGCCCAUUAUGAGGGGUUCCCACCAUCCCUGUGCUGAGUUCCCAGGUCUGUACACCUGCUGUACCCAUUAUGAGGGGUUCCCGCCAUCCCUGUGCUGAGUUCCCGGGUCUGUACACCCGCUGUGCCCAUUAUGAGGGGUUCCCACCAUCCCUGUGCUGAGUUCCUGGGUCUCUACACCCCGCUGUGCCCAAUUAUGAGGGGUUCCCUCCAUCCGUGUGCCGAGUUCCCAGGUCUUUACACAUCCGCUGUGCCC